AUGGCCCAACUUCCCGUUCCUCAGCAGCUCUUCCUCCAGAAGCUCAUCAACGAUGCAGGUAUGCAGCUGGAUAUGGAGCUCAUGACCGGACUGCCUGUCACUGUCGAAGCUCCUUUGAAGCGGUGGCUGAUACUCAUCGCGAACAACGCUAGUAAUCUCAGCUUUGACGCCUGGCAAGGUUAUCGUCACGAACACGCGGAGCUCUUCUUCACAGGCUUCACCGAUCAGCUUGUGGCCUCAGGUCAUUUAGAGCUUGACGAAAGCCCGGUUCCGGUCGCAGCUGUAGCCUCAAUAGCUCAGCCUCCAGCUCCUGGACCUUCGGCUUCUUCGGUCUCAGCUAUCGGAGCCAGAACACCUCGACAAGACAGCCAUGAGGAAGAAGAACGUAUCAAGGUAGAUGAGAGUAUGAACCGGGAGAUGUUGGAAACUGAGGGAGAUCACCUAUCAGAAGACGAUGAAGAAGAGCAGUUAGAAGACGAUGAAGAAGAGCAGUUGGAAGACGAGGAAGAGGAGCGACCGGAAGACGAAGAGGAUUAUCUACACAAGCGAUGGCCGACACCCGAAUUUUUGAAAGGAGUCACAGUCACAGAGGCGGAGGAAAGGGAGGAAAUGAGACAGUACCACAUCAUGUCUCGGAAAUUGGGUGAUUACUGA